AUGUCACGCAUGCAGCAAGCAGGCGAAAUUCAGGAGAUGACAAUGAAACUAGCCUCUCCUGAACAAAAAGACCGUGAUUUUGCAUUUCAGAGACUUGUAGCUCUUGAAGCACAAAACGUUGAAUGCAGAUCAGCUUUUCCCAACAUUUCAGGCUACAGAACAUCUGAUCCGAAACAAGAAAUCAAAGUUCGUCGUUUCAUAGGCAUAUACGCAGAACGCUAUGUCGAAGUUCAGCCACAACUUGCAGAUAUUACAGUUCAACUGUUAAUGAGUGAGUUCGAGAAGCCAGAUCCACAAAUGAAGGGUGUUGUCGUUCGCCAAAUCGGCCGCCUCAUCAAUGAAGCAAAUAUCGAUCGCUUAAUUCCAAUUGUAAUGAGAGCUUGCUCUUCUGAUGAUCCAUAUGUUAGAAAAUCGGCUGCUCUUUCUAUUUUAUCUAUCCACCAGGCGCGUGCUUCAUUCAUUGACAAAUUCAAACUUGGCGCUCAAUUAAAGAGAUUAGUUGAGGAUUCUAACCCCAACGUAGCAGCUAACGCUAUUUCCGCACUCUUAGAAAUCAAUCAAAGCCGCGACCAGCCACUUUUCGAGCCAUCUUUCUCAACAAUCAACAACUUACUCGCAUCAAUCGAUCAAACAACAGAAUGGGCUCAAGUUCAGAUCUUAGAUUACACAUGCAACUUCAGACCAGAUAAUGCCAAUGAUGCUCGUGGCAUUAUCUCUCGUGUUUCUACAAGAUUAUCACAUGCAAAUGCAGCUGUCAUUCUUUCUGCCAUUCGCUGCUGCUUGCAGAUGAACCUUUACAUCGAUGACCCAUCUAAGGUCAGAGAAACCCUCACAAGAGUUGCCCUUCCACUUGUUACUUUACUCAAUAACACAGCUCCAGUUCAGUACGCUGCCAUUAAGUCAAUUCUCAUUCUUCUUCAACACUACAGACGUCUCUUCUCAUCCGAGGUCUCCAUCUUCUUCUGCAAGUUCGAUGAUCCAUCUUACAUCAAAUUAGCCAAGCUCGAUGUCAUCCUUACACUCUGCAGUGCUCAAAACGUCGGUAAAGUACUUGAAGAACUCUUCGAUUACGCUCAACAAGCUGAUGUUGAUUUCGUCCGCAAAUCUAUUGCAGCAAUCGGCAAAAUCGCCAUUACAUUCGAAGCUGCCGCCUCAUCCUGUGUCGACAAGAUCGUUGCUCUCGUUGACAACAAGAUCGAAUUUGUUGUCCAAGAAUGCAUCGUCGUUGCCGCCGACAUUUUCAGGAGAUAUCCAAACCAGUACCUCGGCAUUCUCGCCAACAUCUGCGGUGCUCUUGGUGCCAAGCUCGACGACCACCGCGCAAAGGCCGCCAUGGUCUGGAUCAUUGGCGAAUACGCCGACAGAAUUGGCAACGCAGGCGAUCUCUUGGAUGCACACUUCCUUGAUGACUUCCUUGAAGACACACCUGAUGUACAACUUGCCAUUCUCACAGCCGUAUUCAAGUACUUCUUAGUCAACCAGGAAGACGGACAAGACAUGUUCCAGCAGGUCAUUACAAUGGCUACAUCGCAAGUAGACAACCCAUCAAUCAGAGACAGAGCGUUCCAGUACUACUGGCUCAUUUCUGAGUGCCCAGAUUACGCACAGCAAGUCAUCAUGCCAGAGCAGAAGCCUCUCAUCAAGACAGAGCUUUACUCAUGCGAUGCAGAUCUCGUCAAAUCUCUCAUUCCUUUGGUUGGAACAUUGUCAGUUUUGUACAACAAGAAGCCACAGGAAUUCGUCGACAACGUAAAGAUCAUGAGUCUCGCCAGCCUUGGAGGAGAAGGCGGACUUGCAGAAGGAAUGGAUCUCCCAGUUGUUGUCGAUGGAAAGUCAUCGAAUUCCCUCGAAGUCAGAGCCGCUUUGGUACAGAUCGGAAAGGACAGCCAGAUCGCUAUGAGAAUCACAAACUACAACGAGAACGCUGACCAAAUCAAGGAUAUCGCGUUCAACAAGAACAUCUUCGGUUACGCACCAGAGAAAUCCGGAUUCCCGAAGGAUUUGCCAUCACAGAAAUCAAUUUCUGUCACUGUUGCAAUCACAUACGAUGCAAAUUACGCACAGGGAGCGCAGACAUCAUCAAACUUAGAUGUUGCCAUUCUCACAAACGCUCCUUCUCCAAUCAUCUUCCACGUUCCAAUGAAACUCGAAACAAUCUUGGUUACAGACCAGGAAGGUGGAAAGUUCUCAAGAGAAGAGUUCGUCAAGUUCUGGCAAUCACUUCCUCCAUCAACAGAACUCACAACAAAUGUCGAGAACGCAAGAGUCGACUCAAUCCCUGUUGCAAAGAACCAGUUCAACUCAAAGAGAUUGUAUUUCAACGCAAAGAAAGAUAACACAGCUUACUUCUCAGGAAAGACAUCUAAAGGUGUCGAAUUGGUUGUUUUCUUGUCUUUCAAUGAUGGUGGAAGAGUUCAGGCUGGUAUCAGAAUGCAGGAUAACGUUUUGGCUCCUCUUAUCCUUGAAUUGGUUAAGAACGUCAUUCAGUAA